UACUGAUAUGCAACAAACGACACAGAUGGCAGGAACAUGAUGAACAUAAUCAAUGGAGAUCCUAAUCCAAAAAUUUCUCUGAAUCUACAGUAAUUACCAUUUCUGUACCAGGCUAGCAAGCUUAAACCUACUUCCAUAAUAGGAUCUCCAACCCAUAUGCCUUUCAUUUUCCCCUAGACACUCAUUUCAAUCCAUCCCACAUUUCCAAAGUUCCAGUUUCAAUCCAACACAAAUGAGAUCUGCCCACAUUCACAGAUAUCAGCUGCAAAGUUGCAGUCAAAUACAGGCCACAUACCUACCAAUCUACAGUUGAUUUCAGCCCCAUCCCAAUCCCACAAGGUCCAAAACUGCUUUAGGGAGAUCAGUGUCUAUAUUGCAGCUGGUGGGGCAGAAAAAGCACUAUAAAGCAGCUAGCUCUACUGUGGUUCACAGCAUUUUCAGAAAUCUGAACGCCAAGAAACCCAUCCCCUUAAUCCAAGCCACAUAAAGCAAGAAAAGGUGACAGUAAUGGCACCAUUUUGCUGCAUAUUCCUUUCUCAGCCUCAAUUCUUUCUUUCUACUUCAUGUUAAUCCCUUUUCUUCCUUCCCCAAUCAAUAUCACCUUUAACUUUGCCUUACAACUUUAAUACAUAUUGAUCAAUCUAAUGCUCUCUUGCUAGAAUCUUCCACUACCCAAAAGUUUUUUAUUUGAUUUAAAGAGAGUACAAAAGCUAUUGCCUUUAUCAAGAACACAAGAAGCAGCAGCAGUUGUAUCUUUCCACUGCUCCUUAGUGGAGAGUCAUCAAACCUUUUUCUCUUUCCCAGUUCAGAGAUUUUGCCUAUAAAAAGGGGAACUCCCUUCAAGACCCAAGUGGCAAAACACAAAAGCACUACAUUUCUCUUCACUAUUCUAUUCAGUUCUCUCUUUCUUUCACCAAAAAGACUGCUCCUUUUCCCAUCCACUCCUGCUCCCAGAAGUUUGCAACCAUGGAUGGGAAGAUGAGUUGGACAGUAGUAGAUGCUGUGGAUUACAAAGGUUUCCCUGCUGACAAGUCCAAGACUGGUGGUUGGGUUCCUGCUGCACUCAUCCUAGGGAUUGAGAUAUGUGAGAGGCUGUCAACAAUGGGAAUUGCAGUGAACUUGGUGACAUAUCUCAUUGGAACAAUGCACAUGCCAAGUUCAACUUCAGCCAAUGUGGUCACAGACUUCAUGGGCACAUCUUUCCUCUUGUGCUUGCUUGGUGGCUUCCUUGCUGACUCUUUCCUAGGCAGAUUCAAGACCAUUGCCAUCUUCUCUGUUGUCCAAGCCCUUGGGACUGCAGCAUUAGCAGUGGCCACAAAACUGCCACAGCUGAGGCCACCACCAUGCCAUGCCAACAACAGCUCCUGCACACCAGCAAAUGGGUUCCAAAUGGGGAUUCUGUACAUGGCACUGUACCUCAUAGCACUGGGAACAGGUGGAUUGAAAUCGAGCGUGUCAGGUUUCGGUACAGAUCAAUUCGACGAGAAGGAUGACAAGGAGAAGGCUCAGAUGGCUUACUUCUUCAACAGAUUCUUCUUCUUCAUCAGCUUAGGAACCCUCUUGGCCGUGACUGUCCUUGUCUACAUACAGGACGAAGUGGGCAGGAGCUGGGCCUAUGGAAUCUGCUCUGCCUCCAUGUUCAUAGCAAUUGGUAUCCUGCUCUCCGGAAUCAAGAAGUACAGGUACAAGAAAUCCAUGGGGAGCCCAAUAGUCCACAUCCUACAAGUAAUUGCAGCAGCAAUUGGGAAGAGGAAGAUGGACCUGCCAUAUGAUGUCAAUUUGCUGUAUGAGAGCAAUCCUGAUGGCACAAGGAUUCAGCACACCGACCAGUUUCAGUUCUUGGACAAGGCAGCAAUUGGUGUUCAGAGUGAUUUUGAGACUAAAAAUGGCCGCAGGGGAUCGGAGCCUAACCCGUGGAGGCUUUGCUCCGUGACCCGGGUUGAAGAAGUGAAGAUGAUGGUGAGGUUGCUGCCGAUUUGGGCGACGACCAUCAUAUUUUGGACGACUUAUGCACAGAUGAUCACUUUCUCGGUGGAGCAGGCUUCCACCAUGGAUAGGAAAGUUGGGAGCUUCGAGAUUCCGGCGGGUUCGCUUACCGUGUUCUUCGUGGCUGCGAUUCUGAUCACUCUGGCUGUCUAUGAUCGGUUGAUCAUGCCUGUGUGGAAGAAAUGGAAAGGCAAACCAGGUUUCAGCAACCUCCAGAGGAUAGCAAUCGGCCUAGCUCUCUCCACAAUCGGCAUGGCCGUCGCCGCCCUGGCCGAAAGCCGCCGCUUGUCCGCCGCCAAAUCAAUGACCACCGCCACGAAAACCGUCCCGAUAUCGGUCUUCCUGCUGAUCCCACAGUUCCUCCUGGUGGGUUCAGGGGAGGCAUUCAUCUACACAGGGCAGCUGGACUUCUUCAUCACACAGUCCCCGAAAGGGAUGAAGACGAUGAGCACGGGGCUGUUCCUCACCACGCUCUCCCUCGGCUUCUUCGUCAGCAGCUUCCUGGUCAUGGUGGUGAAGAAAGUGACUGCUGGUGGUGGAAAUGGUGGACAGGGAUGGCUGGCUGAUAACAUCAACCAUGGAAGGCUCGAUUGCUUCUAUGGGUUGUUGGCUGUUCUUGGAGUGGUGAAUUUUGCUGUGUUCUUGGUGUGUGCUGUCUGGUACAAGCCUAGUGGGAAAGAAGGUGAUGGGAAGAAGUUGAAUGGUGGUGGGUCUUUGGAGGUGAUGGAGAAGAAGGCUAAUGGGGUUGAGGAGAAGUGUUAGUGGGGAGAAAAGAUGAACUAAGAGAGGGUUAAUUGGGGUUUGGGAUGGUGAAAAAGGGAAAUUAAUGUGUUUGUAGCUUAUAGUUUGGAUGUACAUUUAGGAAUAAUGUUGGGUUGGUGGUUCUAUUUCCUUUUUUGAAUGUUCUUUUUUUAGUGUGCUUUUGUUGGUUAAUGGGAAGUCGAGGUGUUGAUCUGGUUUCGUUUCUCGAAAUUUCUAAGGGAAAUGAGUGAUCGAGUUUCAAGUUUUAUAUUUAUGUGUAGAAUUGUGGUGAGUUUCGUGUUCGAAGUAAUGAAAAAGGAGAAAUCCUUGCGUAAAUUUUGUGGUCUCGGUAUCGAUGACUUGUUAAUGUUGAGAUUCAAAUCGUUCAAG